CCCCGCGGGGCCACCAUGAUCCCGCAAUGAUGAUGGCCCGCAAGCAAGAUGGCCGCACGCCCACCUACAACGUCAGCGUGGUGGGCUUGUCCGGCACCGAGAAGGAGAAGGGCCAGUGCGGCGUCGGCAAAUCGUGCCUGUGCAACCGCUUCGUGCGGCCCAGCGCCGACGACUUCCACUUGGAGCACACGUCCGUGCUCAGCACCAGUGACUUUGGGGGCAGGGUGGUCAACAAUGACCACUUCCUCUACUGGGGCGAGGUGGCGCGGCCGCUGGAGGAGUGCGUGGAGUGCCGCAUCCACGUGGUGGAGCAGACGGAGUUCAUCGACGACCAAACCUUCCAACCUCACCGCAGCACGGCGCUGCAGCCCUACAUCAAGAGGGCGGCGGCCACCAAGCUGGCGUCGGCGGAGAAGCUCAUGUAUUUCUGCACCGACCAGCUGGGCCUGGAGCAGGACUUUGAGCAGAAGCAGAUGCCCGACGGCAAGCUGCCGGUGGACGGCUUCCUGCUGUGCGUGGACGUGAGCCGCGGCAUGAACCGCAACUUCGACGAGCAGCUCAAGUUCGUGUCCAACCUCUACAACCAACUGGCCAAAACCAAGAAGCCGGUGGUGGUGGUGCUCACCAAGUGCGACGAGGGCGUGGAGCGUUACAUCCGCGACGCCCACGCCUUCGCGCUCGGCAAGAAGAACCUGCAGGUGGUGGAGACGUCGGCGCGCUCCAACGUCAACGUGGAGCUGGCCUUCGGCACGCUGGUGCAGCUGGUGGACAAGAGCCGCGGCAAGGCCAAGAUCAUCCCCUACUUCGAGGCGCUCAAGCAGCAGAGCCAGCAGAUCGCCGCCGCCAAGGACAAGUACGAGUGGCUGGUGAGCCGCAUCGUCAAGAGCCACCACGAGGCCUGGGCCAACGUGAGCCGCAAGAUGCAGCCGGCGCCCGAGUACCAGGACUACGUCUACCUGGAGGGCACCUCCAAGGCCAAGAAGCUCUUCCUGCAGCACGUGCAGCGCCUCAAGCAGGAGCACGUGGAGCGGCGCCGCAAGCUCUACCUGGCCAAGCUGCCGCUGGCGCUGGACGCCCUCGUGCCGGACCUGGACGAGAUCGACCACUUGAGCCGCGCCAAGGCCGAGAAGCUGCUGGAGGCCAAGCCCGACUUCCUCAAGUGGUUCGUGGUGCUGGAGGAGACGCCGUGGGACGCCACGAGCCACGUGGACAACGUGGACAACGAGCGCAUCCCCUUCGACCUGCUGGAGACGCCGGCGGCCGAGCAGCUCUACGAGGCUCACCUGGAGAAGCUGCGCGACGAGCGCAAGCGCGCCGAGAUGCGCCGGGCGUUCCGCGAGAACCUGGAGAGCUCGCCCUUCGUCACGCCCGGCAAGCCCUGGGAGGAGGCGCGCAGCUUCAUCAUGAACGAGGAUUUCUACCUGUGGCUGGAGGAGCCCGUCUACAUGGACAUCUACGGCAAGCACCAGAAGCAGCUGAUCGACAGGGCCAAGGAGGAUUUCCAGGAGCUGCUCUUGGAGUACUCGGAGCUGUUCUACGAGCUGGAGCUGGACGCCAAGCCCAGCAAGGAGAAGAUGGGCGUCAUCCAGGAGGUGCUGGGCGAGGAGCAGCGGUUCAAGGCGCUGCAGAAGCUGCAGGCCGAGCGCGACGCGCUCAUCCUCAAGCACAUCCACUUCGUCUACCACCCCACCAAGGAGACGUGCCCCAGCUGCGGCGGCUGCGCCGACGCCCGCGUGGAGCAGCUGCUGGGCUCGCGCUUCAUCCGCCAGCACCGCAACCCCCUGGCCGACCCCAACGUCGACCGCCUCAACCUGGUGAUCCUCGGCAAGGACGGGCUGGCGCGCGAGCUGGCCAACGAGAUCCGCGCGCUCUGCACCAGCGACGACAAGUACGUCAUCGAGGGCAAGAUGUACGAGCUGGCGCUGCGGCCCAUCGAGGGCAACGUGCGGCUGCCGGUCAACGCCUUCCAGACGCCCACCUUCCAACCCCACGGCUGCCUGUGCCUCUACAACUCCAAGGAGUCGCUGUCCUACGUGGUGGAGAGCAUCGAGAAGAGCCGCGAGUCCAGCGUGGGCCGGCGCGACAACCACUCGGCGCAGCUGCCGCUGACGCUGAUUCUGGUGAACAAGCGCGGCGGCGGCGGCGGCGACGGCGGCGGCGGCGGCGAGACGCUGCAGAGCCUGAUCCAGCAGGGCCAGCAGAUCGCCAGCAAGCUGCAGUGCGUCUUCCUCGACCCGGCCUCGGCCGGCAUCGGCUACGGCCGCAACAUCAACGAGAAGCAGAUCGGCCAAGUGCUCAAGGGGCUGCUGGACGCCAAACGCAACCUCAACCUGGUGGUGGGCUCCACGCCGGGCCUCAAGGAGGCGGCGGCCGACGCCGACCUGCGCGUGGUGAUGUGCCUGAUGUGCGGCGACGCGGCGGGCGCCGACGAGGUGCUGCUGCCCAUCCUGCAGGCGCAGCCGUGCCGGCCGGCGCCGGGCGGAGGAGGAGGAGGAGGAGGCGCCGCGGUGCUGCUGGACGUGGCGGUGGGCUCGCAGCGGCGGCGCGUGGAGCUGUCGGUGCUGUCGUACCACGCGUCCUUCGGGCUGCGCAAGAGCCGCCUGGUGCACGGUUACAUCGUCUUCUACGCCGCCAAGCGCCGGGCCUCGCUGGCCACGCUCCGGGCAUUCCUGGCCGACGUGCAGGACAUCGUGCCCGUGCAGUUGGUGGCCCUGGUGGACGGCUCGGCCGAGCUGCUGGACAACGACGUGAGCCGCGAGCAGGUGGCCGAGGGCGAGGAGAUCGCGCAGGAGAUCGAGGGGCGCUUCGCCACCGUGGCCUGCGCUCAAGGCCAAGCCAAGCUGGACGCCUUCCAACCCUUCUUCAAGGACGCCUUGGACAAGAAGAACAUCGUGGAGGCCACCCACAUGUACGACAACGCCGCCGAGGCGUGCGGCGCCGGCGAGGACGUCUUCAACUCGCCGCGCGCCGGCUCGCCGCUCUGCAACUCCAACCCGCCCGACUCCGAGGACGACCCGGAGCCGCCGGCCGGCUACAGCCCCUUCCGCGAGGAGCCGGCCGCGCCGGCGCCGCCGCCGCCGCUGCCCAAAGACCACUCCAAGCUCUCCAUGGAGCUGGAAGGCAACGACGCCUUGUCCUUCAUCUUCGAGAACAAGCUCAACAACAAAGCCAAGCCGAGGCCUCCCGUCCAUUUCGACGGCAAGGGCGAGCUCGCCUACGCGGAGCCGAGCCAGCGGCGCUCCGUGUCCUCGUCCACGUGGCCGCCCCCCGAUUGCUUCGACCCUUCCGACUACGCCGAGCCCAUGGACGCCGUGGCCAAGCCCAGGAGCGAGGAGGAGAACAUUUACUCCGUGCCCCACGACAGCACCCAGGGCAAGAUCAUCACCGUGCGCAACAUCAACAAGGCGGCCUCCAACGGCAGCGGCAACGGCUCCGACAGCGAGAUGGACACGGGCUCGCUGGAGCGCGGCGGCCGCAAGGCGCCGCCCGCGGCCAAACCGCGCCUUUACCGCGCCCGCUGCGCCCGCCUGGGCCGAUUCGCCGCGCUCCGGCCCGGCCUGGGCGUGGGCAGCGACGACGAGCUGGGCUCGACGGGCAGGAAAAAGGACGAGGAGCCGGCGGGGCAAGGGGGGUACAAAGGGGACAAAGACGGAGCCGCCUACGAGGCGGCCGACGGCGAGGACCCGCGCAGGAGGAACAUCCUGAGGAGCCUGCGCAGGACCACCGGUUUUUUUAGGGUAUUUUUUGGGUUCAUCGAGUGCUGCAUCCAGUACAUCGAGGCCACCGGGCUGAGCACGGAGGGGAUUUAUCGAGUCAGCGGCAACAAAUCAGAGAUGGAGAGUCUGCAGCGCCAGUUCGACCAGGACCACGCCCUGGACCUGGCCGAGAAGGAUUUCACGGUCAACGCCGUUGCCGGCGCCAUGAAGAGUUUCUUCUCGGAGCUGCCCGAGCCCCUCCAGAAGCUUUUGGCUCUCCGGGACGUGCUGAGGAAAUUCCCGCGGGAGAAUUACGAGGUUUUCAAAUACGUCAUCGCCCACCUCAACAGGGUGAGCCAGCAGCACCGCGUGAACCUGAUGACGAGCGAGAACCUCUCCAUCUGCUUCUGGCCCACGCUGAUGCGGCCGGACUUCAGCACCAUGGACGCGCUGACGGCCACGCGGAGCUACCAGACAAUCAUCGAACUCUUCAUCCACCAGUGCCCCUUC